AUGCAGUGGAGGAAGUUCGCACGACUGAAAACGACUGCUACCGGACAUUCGCGUACGCGAAGAAUGCUUUGCUGUGGCCGAAGAAAGGAAAAUGGAAGAUCUGUGCCUGACCUCACCGCUAGCCCCGGGCGGGCACCGCCGGGUCCGAUGCCUCCUCACCAGGCGCAGGCUCUUCAGCAACAACAGCAACAUCAGCAGCAGAAUAUGCAGGGCCACCACCAGCAGCAGCAGCAGCAGCACCAGCAGCGGCAGGGCGUUAAGGAGCCGGUCCUGCUGCAGGGCGACUUCCGGAAGGUGUCCGGCAUCAGCUCGGAGAUCUUCCGGCAGAUUGAGGCGGUGGAAAACGACCACGAUCCCAGCACGGCCGCUGCACUGGAGGUGGUGGAGAGGCGCGGAGAAAUGAUAGUUCGCAUCCUGGAGCCGCGAUGUAUGGGCAGCCGGCAGGCGAUCGAAGCGGGCCAGAAGUUUCUCAACAAGAGCGACGCCAGACACACGGUCCAGCUGGUCGAGAUCGUGAAGCGGCCGGGCCAGACGCUGGGGCUGUACAUCCGCGAGGGAAACGGUGCCGACCGCUCGGACGGUGUGUUCAUAUCUAGGAUAGCUUUAGAGUCGGCCGUUUACAACAGUGGCUGUCUGAGGGUGGGAGACGAGAUUCUGGCCGUCAACCUGGUGGACGUGACGCGGAUGUCACUGGACGACGUGGUCAUCAUCAUGUCGAUCCCUCGCCGGCUCGUCCUGGCGAUCCGGCAGCGGCGUGGUAACCGUGGCGCGAACUCACCCGGCCCACCGCAGAUGUCGCGGCCGGAGCAGAAGCCACCGCCGGUGGUCGUGAUCAAGCGCGAUCUGCGCGACGAGGACCUGGACGACUCGGACCGGGCGCCCCGCUCGUCGCGGUCGUCCCGCGAGCGUCGCACCGGCGAUGGGCGCGAGAUGACGGAGUCACGCUCGCGGCUCGGGCUGGGCCUAAACAAUUACAGCCCGCAGAGCGAGCAGCUGGACCUGUACUACGGCGGGCGUGGUCCACCCGGUGGUGGCCCGGUGGAGACCCCGAGCUGGGGCUACAAGCCCCCACCGCCACCCCCGUCGGCCUCGGUCAUCACGGAGCAGCCGAAGGGGAUGCACGGCUUCCAGACGUCGCACUCGUACUACCAGAACGCCGGAACGCUCGAGAGCCUGGCGGAGAAGGUUCACGCUUUCUAUCCGUCGGCCACGCUUGGACCCGGAGGCGGCGGUGGCAGUCGCCGGAUGUCGGCGGGUGGGUCGGCGGGUGUCGCGAUGAGCCAAUCGCAUCAGCGGUUCCCACGGAGCGGCUCCGACCAACACCUGCCGCGCGUUGAGUACGCGGAUUACGCGUCCCUUGGCCGACAUCCGCUGCUGGCCCGCUCCAGUCUCAAGUCCGAUUUGGUCGGGGCCGCACCGAUUGCCGGUGGAACCCUCGGGCGUUACGGGCGUUACGAUGGUGGGCCGCCAUCAUCCCGCGGGCCCAAGUACGGACCGAGUCCGCUCGGCGCGACAGGAUCGCUUCAGCGCCGUUCGCGGCCAGCGCUCGAUUACUCGAGUGAUACGGAGGCUACGAUCGGGCCGCGGCCCAGCUACUACUACUACGCGCACCCGGGCCAGCUAGGACAUCCACCGUCGCAGCACCCGUCGCAGCACCCGUCGCAAUCGCAUCCGAUGGGACGUGGUGGCGGCGGCAGUACGCAGGCGCUCGGCGGUGGGCCGGAGUUCGCCAAGUUCAACUCGUUGCCCCGCGAGCGGCCCGGGGCGGGCGGGCGGCUGGGGUUGCGCGGGCGCAUCGUGGACCGGCUGGCGGACGAGGCGGACGGGAACGUGUCGGCGCCCGAGUACUCGCUGCCGAUCCGGCGCGAUCUGCGGGAUCUGCGGCAUCGGAUCACCGCCAGCCCGUCGAUCUUCACGUCGGACGAGUACCGGGCGUGGCUGCGGCGCGCCCCCAGCAGCUCCGCCAUCUGCGAGCAGAUGCGGGCGUCCCGCGACCUCCUCAACCAGCAGCGGGCCCACCGGUUCUCGUGCAGCGCCGAGAACAUCCACGACGUGCUGCGCAACACCGAGCACAUCUACAGCAGCCGCACCGGCCUGACGAUGGUGGCGGGCGGGGCGCCGGGGCAGGGCGGAACGCUCGAUCGCCACUCGAUGGCGGCCGGUGGCCCACGGAUGUCAUCACUCCCCGUGCGCUCCCUGUCCUCGCAGCACAUCGGUGGCCCAUCGUCGAUCCGAUCGCCGAGCGUCCGAAGGAUGCGCCAGCUUCUGGAGCUAACGCAGGGUGGCGGAGGGUUGCCCGGAGCGAUGUCCGUGGCGGCGGCUCUCACCGGCCACCAGAGUCCGGCGCCGACGCCGAGCACGACGUUGCCGAGACCACACCGUCAGAUCGACAUCAAUCCGGCCGAGUACACCAAGUACAAGCUGGACAAACCGGUCGUGGACGCGGUCGGAGUGUCCGGCAUGCUGUGGAUCCACCUACUGGCAGGACGAGGUCUCCGAGCCAUGGCCGACAGCGCUCCGAUGCAGCAACAGCAGCAACAGCAGCCGUUGAUCCGCGAUCUCUACUGCGUCCUGGAGUGCGAUCGCAUCCAUAAGGCGCGCACCGUCGUCCGGUCCGGGGAUCUGCAGUUCGACUGGGACGAGUCGUUCGAGCUGGACCUCGUCUGCAACAAGCAGCUGGACGUGCUGGUCUACUCCUGGGACCCGCAGCACCGCCACAAGCUCUGCUACCGUGGCGCGCUGUCCCUCACGACGCUGCUCCGACAAUCACCGAUCCACCAGCUGGCGCUCAAGGUUGAACCGAGGGGAACCAUCUAUCUGCGGCUGCGGCACACGGACCCAUUCCAGCUGUUCCGCCGCCGGGGGCUGCCGAGCCUGCGCGGCAACGUGCCGGCCCUGUUCGGGGCGGACCUCGAGACGGUGGUGACGCGCGAAUCGAAGGGGGCGCCCGGAUGCGCCCCAGUUCCUAUCAUUCUGCGCCGCUGCGUCGAGGAAGUCGAACGCCGCGGUCUGGACAUCAUCGGCCUGUACCGGCUCUGCGGUUCGGCCACCAAGAAGCGGCUCCUGCGGGAAGCCUUCGAGCGGAACAGCCGCGCGGUCGAGCUGACGCCCGAGCACGUCCCGGACAUCAACGUCAUCACCGGCGUGCUGAAGGACUACCUCAGGGAGCUGCCGGAGCCACUGUUCACCAAGUGUCUCUUCCAGAUGACGGUGGACGCCCUAGGUAGUGUGUGCCUGCCGGACGAUCCCGAGGGCAAUGCCAAACUUAUGCUCAGUAUUUUGGACUGCUUGCCGCGCGCAAACAGGGCCACUCUCGUUUUCCUGCUCGACCACCUGUCGCUGGUGGUGUCCGCGGCCGAGCGCAACAAAAUGUCGGCCCAGGCACUGGCCACGGCGCUCGGGCCACCGCUGAUGCUGCACUCGGCCAGCGUCGGGGCGAACGAGGAGAUCGACCACGCACAACCGAUCGCGGUGCUCAAGUACUUGCUGCAGAUCUGGCCCCAGCCCCAGGGCGGCACCGGGCCGGGCGGCGGUCGGCGCGGCGAGCCAGUCGAGCCGCGUGGAAGCAAAGCCAGUGCGUUGCCAGUGGGCAAAUCGCCGGCUCUGCUGCUGCCGGCGCCGGCGGCCAGCACCAUCUCCAGCAGCAGCCACCAGCGCAGCAGCAGCAGCUCCAACAUCCACCACAGCACCAGCAGCAGCCUCCUCCUGGCGGCGGGCUCGUCGGCGGGGCCCAUCAGCUCCAGCACCAGCAACAGCACCCAGCAGCAGCAGCAGCAGCAGCAGCCGUCGGCACUAGCGUCUACACAGCCCCGUUCAGCAGCCAGCAAUCCAUCAACCACAUCCUCGGCGCUCGGUCCGCAUCUGCUCUCAGCCACUCCCAGCACUCUUCAGUAUCAAUCAGUAGUGGCUCAGUUAGCUCAAUCGCAUCGAGCCUUGCAACAAGCGGGCCCACAGCCCCAUCAAUCGGAGGUCUCAGCGGGCUUGGUGGAGCGCGUCCAAUCGCCACAUCACGCCACACCCUCCCCAAGCUCUAGUUCCACUUCUUCCGCGUCCGGCUCCGGGUCGGGUACUGACACCAUCAAGCGUGGAGCGUCCCCUGCGUCGGUUAAGUUCCGGGAGUCCACCAGCAGCUACUCGCUGAAGUCCGCAGACACGCCGAGCCGCAUCCUGCUGAGCGGUGCCACGGCCCGCACUAACGGCUGUCCUCCGCCGGCGACUGCCAGCCGGGACACACAGCCGGGAUACAGUGCGACGUCGGCGGCGGCGGGUCUGUUCCUGUCCUCGUCAGUGGCCGGCGGCGCUGACUACCUCUCGUCGACGUCAUCCAUCGCCUCGUCGGUAGCGUCCGGAUCGGGAGCGGCUACGUCCGGUUUGCGGCCAUCGGCCCCCGUCACCAGCACGCUCAACAUCACCACGUUCAGCUUGGACGAGAAGAACAACCUGGUCGUGUCGCCGUCACCGUCGUCCGCAUCCGAGUCCUCGUACCGCUCGUCGAGCCCGGCGUCCGGCGUUGGCACGCAGCGUGACAAAUCGCCCGCCCCCAGCCUCGGAGCAAGCGAUCGCCAGUCGGGCUCGCCGUCACCGUUGCGCCGCCAGGAGCAGUUUGACCGGGCCGACAGUCUGCCGGCGGCAUCCACGACUUCCGGGGCGGGCGCUACGAGCACCGGUUCGGCCACCGGUUCGUUCAUGUCGUCACUGCGCAGCCAAACCCUCGGCAGCUACCAGUUCCCCUCGGCCAGCCUCAAGCUGACCGGCAGCCAGCUGAGCGGGGACUCGCAGGACGACGGUAGCACCUCGUCGUUGCUCCGCAAGCUGACUUCCUCGCUGUCGCGCACGAUCGUCAGCAACACGGGCAGCACCUUGCCGCUGUCGCUUGGCCGUGACAAGUUGAGCGAACUGUCGGCCGGUGGUGGUGGGGGUGGUGGGGGUGGUACAUCGGCUACCGGCUACUCCGGCAGCAGUGGCAUCGGCAGCAUCAGCAGCAGCAUCAGCGGCAGCAGCAGCAGCGGCGGCAGCAGCAGCAACAGCAGUGGCAUCCGCGCGAUGAGCUCCUCCCUGGGCUACUCGGGUGUGGGGGGCACGGGCGCUAGUGGGACGGCGGGUGGGUUGGUCGGCACGACGACGGCCGCCGCCGUCACCAGCAUGAGCAUCUACGGUACGCUGCCGAAGAACUCGUCGAUCUACUCGUACGGCGGUUCCGGAAAUGCGGCCAGUGGCGGCUCGGGUGGCGGUAGUGGCGGCUUGUCGGGGCUGCUGUCGGGCACCACGAGCUCGUACGGUAUCAGCGAGCGGCUGCGGGCCCUCACCACCGGUGGUAGCACCGGUGGCAGUCUGAGCGGAGCCGGAGCCGAUGGCGUCGGCUCCACGAGCACCACGAGUGACGGCGGGGGCACCACCGGCUCGUCCGCCGGUGACCUCGAGGGCAGCGGGUACGACUACGAGUCGUCCGGUUUCUCGUCCGCCUCGUACAGUGGGAUGGCCACGAGUGGCGCCUCGAUCGGGUCCGGAACCGGUGGGCUCUCGUCGUCGUACUUUAGCACCGGCAGCACCGGCACCAGCCCAUUCGCUUCCAUCGGUGGUAGCGGCGGGGGCACGGGUAGUGCGAUGGACACGAGCGCCACCUACCGGGUGCAGUACGCAUCCACCAAUCCCUUCCUGCCCAGCUACAACCCCGGUGACGGUAGUAACGGUCGUAAUGGCGAUUCCAAGACGAAUGACGACUCGUUCGACCUGAAGUAA